AGAUGAAUGAAUGAAUUUGUUAGCGAACUGACGAUUAAAUGAAUGAUUUUUUGAUAUAUAAAUGGACGAAUAGAUAAUUAAUGAGUUAAGGUUGUAUUAUGAACAAAUCACAGAAAAUGUCUUGGAAGGAAUCAUGUUAUAUCGUUUUAGCCGUAGCAAGUUGUGCUUUCUUAAAUUAAUUUCGAAGAAUAUCGAAUUAUCUUAGUAAUAUAUAUUAUAAUCAAGCUGUUAAGGUGUCACAGUUGCAGUGAGAAAUAAGCAAAAUUGAUAGCCCUGGCUCGGUUAAGGAGGGAUUAGAAGGAUUCUGCGUCGGCUUUAUGGACAGCCUUGCAGUAAUAUCAGUCUUCGAAUAGUAUAGUUCUGUCAUAUUUUGUUGGUAAAUGAUCUGGAAAUUGCAUAAAUGUGGUAGCUUAUAUACACCGAGGCUAUUUUUGUACGUUAAGGUUUUGCUUAUCCUUGUUCCGUGCUGCAAUAUUAAAGUAGUUUUCAUCUUUAUUGGAAAUAGUGGUUGUUUGAAUGACCAAUUGAAAACCACCUUAUACUGAGAAUUCACCAUGGCUCAACGCAAUAACGACAGAUGUCAUGUUAGGCUAACUAAAACAGAAUUACAACUAACUAUAACCUGUUCAUCAAAACAUUCCUAUCUGUCUUAGUUUUAUCUUAUCGUUCCGUUAUUAAUGUUAAUUGAAGCGUAUAUUAGCUUCGAGAAAUUCAAAGCAUACAUAUAGAUUUGAAUCGUCAAUUAGUUUUGUUUAAUUUAAUAGCUAUUUUCUGAUAAUAUAUUGACAGUUGAGGAAUGGUAGAUAGACGUAUGGGAUAAUGGCCUUUGAAAUUGAAUGAUAAUCCCUCAGAGAAACAUUGUGGAAAGAUCCAGCAGGUAAAAUAGGUUUUCGCCAAAGACGUUCAUGAAAAAGGGUAGGAAAGAUUUUCGAACUGGUAGCUCAACUGGAAAAUUCCUCUGAUUAUUGAAAGCCCAGUUGAUUAAGUAUUACUUUGACAAUCGGCAAAACACAUUAUUUACCAGUUCGUUCUAUUCUGUUAAAGCACAGCAAUUGUUGCAUUAAGCAUAAUUUGAAAGAUUUUGAAUUAUUAACUGUUGAUAAAUAUACGAUGGAGAAAAGCACACAGACUUGCUGCUGAAACUAGAUGUUUGUCUCCUGGUUUAGUGAAUUCUUGCCAUAAUUCGAGUAGACAGGUACCAUAUAGGAUUGAAUUGAGAUUGUUCUAGAUUUAAGGUGGACACGGGAGUGCACACGUUGGCCAAAUGACAGUAUAAUUCGAAUUGAAAACGAUGUACCAGGCUCAUUAAAGAUGCAUAGGAUGAUUAUUCUUUCGAAUUAUCAUAGACAGCUACGAAGCUAUUAACGAUUCAGCUCGAAUAUGCUCUAGAAGAAGUUUCGAAGCGAAGGGUAAGCAGCAAUAUGAUGAGGUUAACGAGUUUUUCCGAUUGGAUAAGGGUGAAAUUUCAUCGUAAAUCGCCGAUUUCUAGUUUUCCGGAUGCAAAAUCAAGAACGAAGGAUAGAGAAACACAUGUCGAGAAGCUAACUGAAGAAGAAAUAAAAGAUUUCAAAGAAGCAUUUUCCCUGUUUGACAAAGACGGAACUGGUUAUAUUACAACUAAAGAACUUGGAAAUCUAAUGAGAACGCUGGGUCAAAACCCUACUGAAGAAGAACUUCAAGACAUUAUCAAUGACGUAGAUUUUGAUGGUAAUGGCAUUAUAGAUUUUCCUGAAUUCCUAUGUUUGAUGGCAAUGAAAAUGAAAGAUUUCAGUGACGAGGAUAUGUUAAGGGAUGCUUUCAGGGUCUUUGACGCAGAUGGCAGUGGAACUAUUAGUGUUGCAGAGUUUAAAGACGCUGCUCUUGAGAUGGGUGAAAUUUUCUCGGAGGAAGAAGUCGAUGAAAUGAUAGAAGAGAUUGAUAUUGAUGGCGACGGCCAAAUCAACUACGAAGAAUUUGUACAGAUGCUCACUUCGGUAUAGAAGAUUGUAUAAAGCUACUAACACUAAAUAGUGACACAAGUGCUGAUGAAAAAACCAGAUCACGCUUCGAGCAAGUGUGAUUGAUUGACGUUUUUGUUGAUAUGCUCUACCUGACAACCAAUCAGAUUAUGGGACGCUGAUCGUCUUCAUUUUAUUUGACUAUUUAACCAAAUUCCAAUUCCACCUUAAACGUAGCCACUUGAUUUUCAGUCAGUGCCUUUAAUUUGUUUAUCCGCUCUGCACCAAUACCGUCAUUAUGUAAACACAACCGCCAAACAGUGAAAAAGACGUAUAGAGAAAUGCCAGGAGAUCCUGGUACGAUUUCGGAGUACAAGGUUCCUUUGGUAUAGUUACGAGAAAGCCAUGGUUGUACAAUAGAUGAUAUUUUGUAACACAGUGUACAAUUCGCUCAGCCAUACUAUUCUGGAAAUAGUAAAUAGAUUUACUACACGCGUUUCAAUCCUUUAAUUAUAGUACCACACAGCUUUGUAAAGUAUUAUACUGCUAUACCCUGCUUUUGUAGAUAAAGCACUCGCGAGAAACGAAUUAGUAUCUUCCAGGCCUAAUGUAAAGCUGGCAUUGCUUACUUUGUUGGGUGUAGUUACUCCCGUUACCCUCCUACCAUCUAUUACCAUAUCUUUUACCCUUUGUUUUGUUCGUUUACACUAUUCGUUUUUAGACUUUUAAUAUGCAAGGCGCCAAUUAAGAAAUCUCUUCUCUUUCGAGUAUCUUACGGCUACAACAGGGCAGGAAAAGAAUUUUAAUAAAAGAUCGAUUUUGACAAAAAGAUAUGAAAUUUCCAGAAGAUAUGGAUGUGAGAUGUUUUUUGUAGGUAUUGCCUCAAGUAAAUUCUCUGUCAAGCGUAGAACCGCUGCAUUUGGCGACAGCAGCUUGAAAUCAGAAAUAGACCCUUGUCCAAAGGUUGACGCCUCUACAGCCCCGAUCGCAUCAGCUCUGAUUGCUAAACCAAACUUUAUUAUGCAUUUUUAAUGCCUUUUGAAGUUCAUAUGAAAAAGUUUUAGAGAAUUCAUGAUGGUCUAUUGACGCACAAGCCUGAAUCCAUGCGGCAAUUGAUUCGCUUGCAUGCAUUUUUAAUGUGACGUUAUUACAAAUGUUCGAAGACACUUGCGUGUAGUUUAACUAUACCUCAUCAAAUAAGGUUAGGAUUAGAUAAUUUAAAGCAAUAGUUUUAUGUUAUGUAAUAUUCUGCCAUAAUUUUUCUCAAAAACCCUUUCACAAGACGUCGUAGAAACAAGGAAACUGGCUUAGAAACUGCUUUUCUCUGGUGCCGUUUUAUUACGUUUUAAUUAGAAAGAGGAGUUGACAUUUGUGAAAUUUUUCAUUAUAACAAAAGCAUACCGUAAUCAUAUGUGCUAUUCAAAUAGUCCAUUAUAUAAUGAUCGCAAUGUCACCUGGAAGAGAACAGAAAGCCCUAAAAUGCGAAAACUUUGGUAGAAUUAUUUAGGAUAUCAAUUGCCUCGUUAACAAACUGUUUGACUGUCAAAAUUAAAAAGAAGAUCCUCAACCUUUGCAGUUUAUGUCAUCAAUACAGUUAGUUCUGGACUCAGUGAUAAAAUUUAGAAUAUUUAUUCAUUCGUAUCCUGCGUAUACAAGUAUCCUGCGAGAUAACUUUAAAACUCUUACAAUCUAGACACACUGUAUUAUAUGUACGUAAAAUAAUGAAAUGUCUUGCAAAUCGAGUAUCUUCACUCAUU